UCGUACGGCGAGCGGUCUCGGCGUCAUUGGGCGUCGGGACGCCGCCACGACGCCGCGCUCUCGACUCCGGAACGCGAAAGCGCGCUCGCGAAGUGCCGUUCCUCGCGACGUUCCACGAGGACCGGGAUCCUUCUCCGAGGAUCCCUCGGGCGAACGUUCUUCUCUCCGGGCUCUCGCGAGACCACCGCGGCCGCUUCCCUCGCGCUAAGCGGCGCAUCCUUGAGGAGCAGAGCUGUGAGCCGCGCGAAGCUGAAGAAGAUUUCGCUCGGCGCUCUCACGCGAGAUCGGUCGGCUGCUGGAUUUCUCGGGGGCAAGGUCGAUACGACGAACGGGGAGAGAAAGAAUGACGACCGCCGGCGUGAAGCGUCAUCGAACCGGACGUUCCCGGCAGUGAAGGCGACCGUGAGGACACCUUGUCCGCCAGCGAGAUCGACGUUCGGCCGCGGGUCGAUCUCGCAGUUCGGUCCUUCAGACCUUCAGACGGAAGAUCGGCUCUCGGGUUUCGUGGGAAGGAUCGCCGGUGUGUGCGCGCGCGUGUGUUGCGAUCCGUCGAUGAAGGUGAGUCAGACGAGACGGCGUGAUCCUCGCUACCUCAAGGAACAUUUUCCAGAUCCUUGGUUUUUUGGGAAAGAGUUCGGGAGAGAAAGAGAAGAGGAGAAGGUGAGAGAGAGAGGAGGAGGAGGAGGAGGAAGAGAGAGGUGUCUUUUUACAGUUUCGAUAUUCUUCCAAUCAAAGUCGUGCGUUGCUCAAGAGAUCCUCGCUGUUCUCCGAGGGAUUUGUAGAUCUUGUAUCUCGAAGGGUGAGAGAGGAAUCAGUGUAGUGGAGAGUAGUGCAAUAUUUUUCGGAAGUGUCUUAAACUCGAUACACUGAAAGAUACUCCAAGUGUGCUCGUAGAUCCGAAGUUUACGGAGAAUUACGAAAAAAUAGAAGCAGAGAAGAAAGUCCUCGCUGCCGAGGUGCUAAGGGACGUCUCGCAGCUAAGAGCGUAGGACGGCGUUAUUGCGAAGAACUUAUCCUCCGGUCCUUCAGUCGGAGUCUCGCUGAAACGUGGUCGGUCGUCCUCAGCAUCGCGAGGACGAUCUAUAAAUCCUAAAUUCGCGAGCGAAUCGUCUCUCGCGGCGGAGUCUCGCUGAAAUAUCUUCGCGAGACGAACCAAGUUCUGACCUCCCGCCGCCGCCGCCGCCGCCGCCGCCGCCGUGCGCGUAAAAAGUGUUGACACCGCGAAAAAUUUAUAGACGCUGAAGUUGCGAGCAAACGAGAUCAUUUGCAGUGGCAACUUGAUGGAUACUCCAACGAAGCGUUUCGAUGCUUCCAUCUUGUAUCCGACCCACGGUGCAUCAAGAGGAGUACCCUCCACGUCGGGCGAAUCAGCCGCGAGUGUCACGUUCCCGAGCGAAGAAUCUCAAUCGCAAUUCGCCGAAUGGUCGGAAGCAGUCGCGUAACCCUGUCCACUCGAUACUCCGCUGAAAACUAGAUUCGCCGGGCUUCGAUUCAUCGAGGCCAGACUCGCGGAAGGGAAAGACGGUCGGUCGGUCUCUUUCACCUCAGUCGCACCUCGAUGAGCGCUUUUGCGAGCCAUCCGAGUCCUUCGACUGCGCGUUUAGCUAUUCCGCUCCACCGAGUGCCGUCUGGCUGAGAAACAGUCACAGGAAGUCAAAGGGCGGCGAUACAGGAAGGCAGGAGGAAGCUCACACACACAGAGAGCCAAGUGACAUCUCAAGAGCGAUCGCGGAGGAUCGCGGCGAGGCGAGGAAAAGCCGCGGCUCUCCAAGCCGUUGCCUAACACGCCAUCGAUCCUGCGGACAGAUCGCACGCUUCCGCUGGCCGGACACUCGGGCUUAUCACGAGCGUAGGAUUCCGCUGUGUAUGUGUGAUGACGAUGACGAUCGCGCCGCUGGGACCGCCGAGGUGACUCGCGGUGGCGGCGGCGGCUGCUGCUCUUCGGGGACCGAGCGGUGGUACCGCGGCACGCGGGAGGAUGCCGCGAGCGAGGUCGGGCGGAAGAUCGCUCGUCCUCGAGUCCUCGCUCCCGGCGGACUGGCGGUGCUAGGAGCGAUGGAGCAUGACGGUCUAGCGACGCGCGUCGUCAUGCCACGCGUCCUCGGGACGCUCGGGUCGCGCUCGCGGCCGCAACUGGCGGCCCUGACGAUGCUGCUGGUCGCGCUACUCUCCUGCUGCGCUCGCGCCAGCGAAUUCCCCGAGCGGGAGUGCUGCGACCUCAUCUUCCCGAUCCCGGAGCCCACCGGCAGGUCCACGUCCGCACCGACGCCGACCGGAAGGAGCGGAUCCGGCAUCAAGGUGCCGGUGGCCAUCCUGAAUUGCCUCUACGCCCGCCAAUUGUGCUUCGAGGACCCGUCGUGCAGCGCAAUUUUGGAGAUUAUACCGAGGGUCUGCGGUCCGGAAUUAGUGGCCUGCUCGACGGUGACGGUGACUAAGUGUCAGGCGGCUCUGCGCACGUUGCAAGCUUUCACUUUCUUCCGACCGACGUGCCUCUGCAGGGAGCCGCAUGUCGAUCCGGAUUGCAACAGCUUCCAGAACUUCCUGUUUGACCACCCGUGCGUCUACGUCCUCAACAAGAAAGACAAGGAUCAGUUCUCGAUAGACGCGUUGCCGACGUGCAAUCACGCCGUCAACGUUUGCGGACGCGACAAGGUGUGCACCCAGAUGUUCAAGGAGUUCAAGAUCAACUGCAAGAUUCAAGAGGGCAAAUGCAACAUGGAGAACCGGGACGCCUGCUUCGACUCCUGGACGCAACUGCGGCUGUCACCGAUGUUCGGCUGCAUAUGCCCGAACAACAGUAACAGGCGGCGAUGCGACAAGAUCUUCACGACGGUGAACCACAAUCCCUGCGUUGAGUUCCUGCCCUCCUCCACCUCCGUAGACCUGUCGGGCACGGACUCGGCCCUGUACCCGUUCGACCCGCAGCAGGAGAACUACCAGGAGAUCUGGUUGCCGCCGACCAGUAUGUACCCCUAUUUUCUGUUCCCCGGGACCGCGCGCACCCCGCCGUACUACGAUCCCGAGAGCACGUACGACAUACGGGAGCCCGGCGAACAACAUCGCCACCGUCACGGCCAUCGGCAUCAUCACGGUCACCAGGAGGCGCCGGAACUACCUGGCAGACCGGCCGUCCUCGUCGUCGAGGCGUACGAUCCUCGGCCCGAUUCGGAUCGGUACGACACCGACGUGAAUCGGUUCGAGGAUCGCUUGGCGACCUCGCGUCCAGCCGCUAGUCAUCCGGAUCGGUCGACGGAUGGAUCUUCUUCCUCCUUCUCCUCCUCUUCUUCUUCUGCUUCCUCCUCCUCGUCCUCUUCUUCUUCUUCUUCUUCUUCUUCUUCUUCUUCUUCGUCUUCGUUGUCCAAGCAUGACCACCGCGCCUCCAGCACAGUGCACCUGCCGCCCCAAAGCGAGCAUGACGCACACCCGCACCAGUAUCGGCACCAACACCACCACCACCACCACCACCACCAUCACCAACAGCACCAGCACCAGCACCAGCACCAUCGUCAGCACCCCGCACUACCCGCACCGCCGUCCGUCGUCGCGACGCUGUCGUCGUCGUCGGCGGGCUCGUACGCGCCGGCGGCCGCUCGUCCCACGCCAACCGCGCAGGACGAGCCGUUGGGGCCCGGCUCCGGCCACGCCGAGGCACCCCGGCUGCCGGCUCAGAGGAAGUUCGCGCCCAGGCCCACCUACGAGCACCGCGCGAUCUUCGACCGCGCCGACGACGACCUCGACGACAUCGACGAGUUCAGGAUCGGCGCGCUGCCCGUCGAUAGGCUCUUCGAUCUCCGCGAUGCCUUCGAAGGGUUCGUCGACCAAGUGAAGGUCAUCGCCCAUCCCGACAACUCCACCAGCUUCGAGGUGAUCGAGUCGCAAUUGGAGAAUCCGCUGAUCCACGUCGACCGGCAGGACCUGCUUGACAUGAAACAGCCCCCCUCCCCGGACGGCCAUCAUCAUCGCAGUCACCACAAGAGGAACCACACCGACGACUUUGAACAGCCGGUGCUGCCGUCCUCCACGUCGAAUAUCGACAGGCUCCAGCAGCCGGUCAAACUGGUCCUGUCCAGCACGUGUCAUCACGCUUACACAUCCUGCAAGAGCGAUCCGGAAUGCAAGAACCUGCUGCAGCCCGUGCUGAACCAUUGCGACUCGGCGACGUGCGCGAGGAACGAAUGCAUGGAAGCGUUGCAGCACUUCUACAGGACCGCCCAUCACAAGCACUCCGUGGAGAUCGCGUUCUGCCUGUGCAGGAAAACGGAUGGCAAAAAGGACGAGUGCAUAGUGGCGCAGGAGAAAAUGCAUCCGGCGUGUGCGCAGCGAGUCGACGGCGCCGAAAUGCCGACGUGUCACAGCCUGGCCGAGGCCUGCAAAGAGAACAAGGGCUGCAGGCUCAGGCUGGAGUACUAUGAGCAGAGCUGCGCGGUCGACAGCGUGACGAAGAAGUGCGCCGGGCCGACCACGGAAUGCAGGAAAGCGAUGCUGGGCAUUCUCGGCACCGAGCUGCGCACCAAUUGCGCCUGCAAGGGCACCGAGAUCAAUCAGCUGUACGAGUGUCUCGGUUGGCAGCGGCUCCUCUGGGUGAAUCCCUGCGUGGUGGAAUCGCAGAAGGACUAUCACGCGCGCCGAAAACACCAUCAUCCGCGCACGACGACGACGACGACGGCGACGGCCACGGCCGUCGCGUCGACGACGAGGUCACCGGCGAGCACGACGGCGACCACCGCGGUCGAACAAGUGGAAGAUAAUCAAAUACCGGAAGUGACGAGGUGGCCGACCACCGAACCCACGGAAACUUGGGAAAUCACGACCACUACUAUAAGCACCACUCCGAGCACCACCACGACCACCACGAUGCCGCCGCGCUUCUGCGCGGUUCAAAAGCCGAGGCAGAGUCCCCAAUACAUAAGAGAGGGCAAGGCCAAAAGGCUGUACCGCGAGGAGGAGCCCGAGUGCUCAGAGCUCUGCCAGUGCGAGGAGUCGUCGUUAUCGCUCAUCUGUCACACCAUCUGCGUCGAUAUGUCGCCGUGUAAGACGGACUUCGCCUUUUACAACCACGAGGCGCCGGCCUAUCAAGCCCAUCGAGGUCCUUGCCUUUGCUACAGCGGCGGCUUCAUAUGCAUGCGGCCUGCGCCCGGUGAGCGAGAUACGUACAGUAUACCGCACGGAGUCUUCAUGUUCCUGGGCUAUAGCGAGAAGGACGAGACCCUGUUGAAGCAACACAACAACCUGACCGUGCUGGACGCGGUGUCGUCUCUCGACAAUUUCAUGAAACAGGAAGUCAAUAAUCAGACAGUAUGCACGCUCUUCCUGUACAACGCGACCCGAGAAAACGUGAUUGCAGUGGCGCGACUCGGGACCGACAAUCCACCUUUAAAUAGCAGCCAGGCGCAGAGUCUGCAGCACCUGCUGCGCGUCAAGGAGGAGUGCGCGUCGAUGAUGCAGGACCUCAGCGACAAGAUCAACAACAAGCACCACGAGGUGCACACGCACCCGUUGCUCUCGAUCUUCAAGAUGGCCGAGGUCGAGGUGAAGAUGCCGUACAGCAACGAGGCGGCGAUCAGCAGGUCGCGGCCGGGCCUCCUCGUCGUUCUGCUCGCGCUCGGCCUCCUCGGGUCGAGCUGCCUCUUCGGCUCGUGACAGGGGCACCGGCACGCCACGAAGAGCGUCGUGGACCGAACGUCGUCUCCCUCGCGGAGGGUCGCCACGUGUCGCGUGCACGUGGUCGCGGCGGGCCCCGCGACAGGGCCCGCGCGGGCGAGCGAGGACUCGUGGCCUUGAAGGGCGCAGAUCAACGAAGAGAAGGGCUCCCCGAACCCACUCCCGCCUUCUCCUCGAUCGCCACGCGGAUCGGCGGCUCCGCGCGGCGGUCACCAGCGGCGCGUUACCGAGCCGACCGCGAAUCGCUCGCGCUCACCGCGCCCCGUUCAAGAUAUUAUUAAAUGUGUACAUUGAUGUUUAAUGAUAUUUUUGUUACUGCACCUCGACCGUCCUCGAGCCUCGUCCCCAACCCUUUCGGCCGCGCCAUUGCCUGCGCGAGCGCGGGCUUAAGGGGACUGGAGAGUCAGAUUGCUGAAGAA